AUGGGCGGCUGCCGCGUCUCGACGUAGUGCCGCACUUCGCGCGCGGCGACGUACCUCGCGCGCGCCGGCCUGCGCGGCUCGGAAGUCGCCACGAUGGAGCAAUUACUGUGCGCACGCGCGGACGUCUUGGUCAUGUGCGCCCGGCGCGAGGGCUGCGCGUGCGGGCGGGGCCUGAAGUCCGGGUUCGUGGCCGCGAUCCACGCGCACCGUGGUAUGAGCGGGCUGUCGACGCAAGUGAAUCAGAAGGGCGGCAUUUGGAACUACGUCGAAGAACCGGGCUGGGACCUUCGGGCGGCGAGCCGCGUUCCGAUGUAGGGCCGCGGCCCCGGAAGGGCG